CACGGCUGGGCCGGGGAACUUUAUUUUGAACCGUUUUCCCCGCCCAUACAGCAGUUUUAAGACACGUCACACUGACCAGAUGACAGCUCUGACGAAGGCUGAAGCUACAGCUGAAACUUGUAAGCAGGAGCUGCUCAUUAACUGAUGAGGACUUGGAUUUACUGAGACGGUAGACAGGAACACCAAUCAGCUACCUUGUCAACAAACCUCCUGUCGAGAUAGCUAUGGGAGAAAACAAGUACGCCCUUGGAAGUGGUUUGAGCCAUCAGCUUCCUCUCAUCGAAACAGCUACACCAACACCACCUGCAGACCAUCCUGGCAAUUUCCCUGAUUUCCCCUUACCAUCUCAACCAUCAGAUUACUAUAAAAUGUGUGACCAGAUCAGUGACGCUGUACUUGAUGCAUACCUGAGUGAAGACCCCGACUCUAAAGUGGCCUGUGAAUGCGUGGCGAAGACGGGCAUGAUUUUAUUGGUUGGAGAAGUGACAUCUAAAGCCAUAGUGGAUCUCACGUCAGUGGUCCGAAAUACUGUUAAGAAGAUUGGUUAUGAUCACUCCUCAAAAGGUUUCGAUUAUAAGACCUGCAGUGUGCUGGUGGCGCUGGAGCCGCAGUGUGUGGAGAUAUCAAACUGUGCGUUUAAGGACAGAGAUCAGGAGGACAUCGGUGCAGGAGACCAGGGUCUGAUGUUUGGCUAUGCCACAGAUGAGACUGAGGAGUGUAUGCCUUUGACAAGCCUUUUGGCUCAUAAAAUCAACUACAGGAUGAAGGAGCUGUCACGCAACGGAGAGUGUCCUUGGAUACUACCAGACGGCAAAUCUCAGGUCACGGUGGAGUAUAAAGACAACAUGGGAGCCAUGGAGCCACUGCGUGUUCACACUGUGGUCAUCUCGGUACAGCAUAGUCCUGACAUCAGCGUGGAGGAAAUCAGACAUCAUCUGAUGGAGAAGGUGGUAAAAGUGGUUAUUCCUGCCAAAUACUUGGAUGACAAAACCAUCUACCAUCUACUGCCAAGUGGGAAGUUUCUUCACGGAGGCCCAAAGGCUGAUGCAGGACUCACGGGGCGUAAAAUCAUAGUGGACACAUACGGAGGAUGGGGCGGGCACGGAGGAGGGGCGUUCUCCGGGAAGGACUACUCCAAAGUGGACCGGUCCGGGGCUUACGCAGCCCGCUGGGUGGCCAAGUCUUUGGUGAAAGCCGGACUGUGCAAGAGAGCCCUCGUUCAGAUCUCCUAUGCUAUCAGUGUGAGCCAUCCGCUGUCCAUCUCAGUGUUUCACUACGGCACAUCGGACAGAGAUGAAGACGAGCUGCUGCAAAUCGUACAGAAGAACUUUGACCUGAGGCCUGGAGUCAUUGUGAAGGAUCUUGGUUUGAAGCGACCAAUCUACCAAGCGACUGCCUGCUACGGUCACUUUGGCAGAGACGAGUUUCCCUGGGAGAAACCAAAGAGUUUGGUGUUUUGAGUUUUUUGACUCAAAUACAUUUCUGUGAGGUUUUAAUAAUCAGUCAUAAAAUGAUCAACAGUAAUUUGAGUCACAGAAUCGACAUUUAGAUAUGUGUGUAGACAGUUUUCUGACAACAUAAAUGUAUUUUCUCUCUUAUCUCUAAUUAGCUGCAUAGGUCACAAUAUCCUUGUUGAAGUAUGAAUUUUCAUUUUUUUAUUUAAUGUCCGUUUUUAUAAGAGGAACUGUAAUUAUUGUUUACAGUAAUUACGCUGUAAAUGUUACAAAUAUCAUGGAAAAACUGUCACAUGUCAAAUUUAUAAAAAACAUGUUUUUGGGUAACAAGUUAUAAAAAAUACUGCAAUUAAAAGGCUGCAUUAUGACUUAC